CCACCCCUUUCUCUCCCUCAGCUAUAAAUAAGAGGUGGGUUUUUUUGCUCCACACUUCACUUGAAGGAUGAGAGCUUUGAAACACCUUAAACAUCACUCCCGGAGCAAUGUGGAGGAGCAUGCAGUUCCUCUGGUGUGCUGCUACAAUGAAGUGAUGGGGAAUGUGGUGGAUGCUGGCACACAAACUGAUCCAGUGGUGGUCCUGUCCCUGGCUCAAGCCGCUGUGCUAGGUCUCAUAUCUCAGAAUGAAGUCUUUGGCACCACCAUCGCCCCUAAUGGCUUUUACACUGGAGAGGCUCGUGAAUGCCCACCUCCACCUCCAGAUGCAAUGGAGUAUGAGUAUUCUGACCAGUUGAUUGGCGCAAAUGGAGACUACCUACCUGAGCCCAAUGGAGAAAAUAGGAGCCCACAUGGACUUUUGGGGGUGGAAAAGAGGCGUUCAGGACCUCAGGGAAAGGCCAAGAGGCACCAACGUGAAAACAAAGAGGCAGUAGAACUGGCUAAGAAAUCCAUAGAUGUACAGACUUGGGUGAAAGGAGAGCAGCCUGAGUAUUCAAUCCCCUGUUAUUACUCAAAUGUUCAUUGCAAUGACAGCGAGUCUGAAGUGUUGGACCUUGCCCCCCACAGACUGACAUUAAAGGAGGAGCAAAAUAAAGGCAGCCCUGAGGAUGCAAAGGAGUCAAACAACCAGCAGAGUGAUCCAGAUUCAGACGCAACUUCACAGGAUGCUGAUCACACACAAGAAAUGGAAGCAGGCAGCCAGCCUGAAGGAGGACACACCAAAGAGGAGGGGCCAGACAAGCAAAGAGCACCGAAUCUUAAGACUCCUGAGGAGGAAGUGAGCCCUGUGAUAAGACGCUACUAUGAAUCUAGUAUUUUGACCUAUGAAGCUGCUGAGUCAGACCUGACACCAGCAGACUACGAUGAUGGUGUGCAGGUGGCGACAUGGGCAGAUGGUGAGAAUCCUGCAGCCCGCCGUGUGCAGAUUGACCGUCUGGACGUCAAUGUGCAGAUCGACGAGUCAUACUGUGUGGAUGUGGGAGAAGGCCUGAAGCGCUGGAAGUGCCGGAUGUGUGAGAAGUCUUACACAUCAAAGUACAAUCUGGUUACACACAUCCUGGGUCACAGUGGGGUCAAGCCACAUGAGUGCCUGCACUGUGGAAAACUGUUCAAGCAACCAAGCCACCUGCAGACACAUCUGCUUACGCACCAAGGCACAAGGCCACAUAAGUGUACUGUGUGCAAGAAGGCCUUCACACAGACCAGCCACCUCAAGCGCCAUAUGCUGCAGCAUAGUGACAUCAAGCCAUACAGCUGCCGCUUCUGUGGACGUGGGUUUGCCUACCCCAGCGAGUUGCGCACACACGAGGCCAAGCACGAGAAUGGGCGGUGUCAUAUUUGCACACAAUGCACCAUGGAAUUCCCCACCUAUGCCCACCUCAGGCGGCACCAGGUCAGUCACCAGGGGCCUGCCGCCUUUCAGUGUAGUGAGUGCCAUAAGAGCUUUGCCUACCGGAGCCAGCUGCAGAACCACCUAAUGAAGCACCAGAACAUGCGGCCCCACAUUUGUUCUGAGUGUGGCUUAGAGUUUGCACAGGUUCACCACCUCAAACAGCACCUGCUCACACACAAGGUACUAGUACAGCAGGUCCUCGAACACAAGGGGAUGAAAGAGUACAAAUGUGACGUGUGUUCACGUGAGUUCACCCUGUCAGCCAAUCUGAAGCGACACAUGCUGAUCCACACCAGUAUGCGACCUUUCCAGUGCCACAUCUGCUUUAAGACCUUCGUCCAGAAACAGACCCUCAAAACCCACAUGAUUGUCCACCUUCCAGUCAAACCCUUCAAAUGCAAGGUGUGUGGGAAAUCAUUUAAUAGAAUGUAUAACCUACUUGGCCACAUGCACCUUCAUGCUGGUAGCAAGCCCUUCAAGUGCCCCUACUGCAGCAGCAAGUUCAACCUAAAGGGAAAUCUUAGCAGGCAUAUGAAGGUGAAGCAUGGAAUUCUAGAUGUCUUGCCUGAUGGCCAAGACAACCACCCUGAUAUGGAAGGUCAGGAGGACUAUGAAGAAGACAGCUUUGACUACAGUGAAAGAGAAAAUCUGGCUAACAACAACACACAAGACCUGGCCAAACUGGCUGAGAUGGGCUUUUACAACUAUACAAAGGCUGCUGCAUACUACACUACAGCAUAAUGCACUGUGAGACACUCAAACUCACAAAUUGCCUGUUUUUUUAAACCUCAAAGUUUUAACAUAGACUAAUGAUGAAAUGGCUGCCUGGUGGUCAUGCACUGGUAUGUUGAUUACUCUGUAAGAGGAAAUCAUUUAUAUGCCUCCAGACCAUUAGAGCUUCUUAGGUUCUAUUUAAACGCAAAUGUAAUACUAUAUUUAGGUAUUACACAGUGGGUAAUAGUUUGAGGACAUCAGCUGAAAAUUCCUUGUGUAUAAUGAUCUAAUGCCAUACUGCACUUCAGAAAGCCUUCAAAAAUAACAUUUUUGUGAUAAAUUCAAAAUUGCCAUGCAGCAGUCUAUACAGGGGCACUUAACAGACAACCCUCAGCCCUUUGGAAAUAUCCCUGAUGUAAUUGUAAACCAUCAAAGCUUAUACAAAAACAUAAUGUAGAAUAAUAAAUUGUAUUUAACAUAAAAAAAAAGGUGAUGAACAAAAUAGAUUAGGAACAUCUUUACCAUCAUAAAAAUGCUACGAUCCGGUUAACUAGGUUAUUCACUUCUAGUAAAUCAUCUUACAUUUGUCACAUGCAAACCCAAGUGGGAUUUUAGUAGGAGGCUUGAUUUGCAUAGUCAUAUUCAGCUAAUUAUUUAACAAUAGCCAAAUCUGUCAACAUAAACUAGAUCCAUCAAUACUAUUUUGUUCAUUAUUAGCAUUAGCUAAAUUAGCUAGCCAUCUUAGCAUGCAAGUUAUGUCUUAAAGUUUCUAGGUACCAGUACCACAUCAUUCUUAAAUUUUGGAUGUGGGGAGUCCAAAGAAGUGGAGUGUAUUUUGUAGUAUUGAUAACUGAUUCGCAUACGCUCCCUGAAUCAGAUUUUUAGGGAAUUUUGUGGUUUUAUGUGUGAUAUUGAAAAAAUUCUCAAUUUAUAUAAACAGAAUCAGGUGAAAGAGGAGUUAACUAUUUAAAAUGUUUUCAGGGUAGGGGUGUGCCAUUUGACAAAAAUAUAUCACAUCACGAUUAUUUCUAUGAUGUAUCACAAUAUAGGUUUUCUCUCAAACAAGCAAUACAGUAGUGUUGCAUUAACAAAUGGUUAAAUCAAAGCAAAUUUAUUAAUAAUAAACAAAUUGAAUACAUUUUUAUUUUUACAUUUAUUUUAUCAGUUUUUGUAUUAUUUCAUUGUUUUUGCUUUAUUUUAAAAAAUAUUUAACACUGAAAGAGAAACCAAUUUUAAAAAAUCUGUAGCGCUCCCAAGUGGCGCAAGCCAGAGACUGCGAUUUUGAAUCACAAUGAUGCCACAGCCAUCCUUUGCCAGGAGACAAAUAGAGCAAAAUUGGCCAUGUUCAGAGAUGUGGUCAGCUGGCUUCAUGUGCCCUGUUGGAAGCACAUGAUAGCCUUUGUUUUUUUGUUUAUGUUUUAAUA